AUGCACAAGCCAAUUGUACUCUUGCCACUUUUCUUUUUCUAAUAAAUAAUAAACUAAGAAUAUAAUUGACUUGUAAGCAUUCUUCAUGGCAAAAUGAGCCAGAGUCCGGGCUUAUAUUUUGAUAUUGGAAAGAAGGCCAGAGAUGUUCUUCACAAGGACUAUGCUCAACAACCACCAAUUCACUUUAACUACAGAUCCUUGAAUUGGAAUUUAGAUCUCUCCUGUCAAGAAGAACUUGUGCCUGGACUAAGGGGACUUUUCAAUUGUAACUUACCUGAUUCUGGAAAGGUGGAACUUCAACACUUGAAUAGAUUCAGUGGGUUUUCUGGAAGCAUUGGAUUAUUGGGAGACCCAGAAAAAGGAUACAACCCUGUUGCAAACAUCACUGGACUUAUAGGAACCAGAAUUCUCACCUUGGGAGCUAAUCUUGACUAUGACUUGUCAAGAAGGGAAACUAGCAAUAUGAAUGCUGGGUUGAGCCUGAAUAGUCCCUACCUUGUCGCUACCAUGACCUUGCAUGAGAAUUUUCAAAUUUUGAAAGGUUCGUGUUAUUUUGAAGUGAAUCCCUUGACGAAGACUGCACUUGCAGCAGAGGUGAAGUAUGACCUUGCAGAUGAUGAGACUCGUGGUGUGACCGUUGGUGCUCAGCAUGCAUUGUUUCCUUGGACGUUGCUUAAGGCUCGACUUGACUCCUCUGGCAAGGUUGGUGCUCUUAUUCGACAAAACUUUGGGAAGAAGUUUUCCAUAACCGUGGCUGGUGAGAUGAACUUGAACAUCAAAGAUAAAGAGAAGCUCCCUAAGGUUGGAAUCUCCAUGGCUCUAAAAUAAAUUCAACAAGCAAUGAGAGACUUCCAAAACAUGUUGCAAAUUGCAUGGAAAUUUUGUUUUGCCCCAUCCAUUUUGUUCAACAUUGGAGAACGGUAUCAUAUCCAUGUUUAGUGUCUUGUCCACUUAUGUUUGAGGACUCAAGAUGUCAUACACGGUUUAUGAAUAUUUAGAGCUAGAAUAGAAAUAUUGAAACUUCUAUUUAUCAAAGAUUUGUAAUUUUGUACCAAUGGAAAUUCAAAUUGACUUCUGCUUCUUCGUGUAGGUAAAUCUAUAAAACAAAAUCCACAAUGCAAGAAUUAAUUUCUUCCUUUUGCUAGUCAAGAUAUGA